CGUAUUUUCAAAAUGGAGGAAACGCAAACAUUUUGGAGGGGAUUGUAUUCUUAUAAUUUCUGCCUGUUACACAAUGAGGAUAUUAUCCCAUGACCCCUUUCCUACAGAUAUAUUUGUAUUCAUAAACUCUCUGACGGUCCCAUAGAAAAACACGAAGAUGAGUACGUCCAUUGGCGAUAAAAUAGAGGACUUUAAGGUCCUCACCUUGCUCGGGAAGGGAUCCUUCGCCUGUGUGUACCGCGCCAAGUCCGUCAACACGUCCAUGGAGGUGGCCAUAAAGACGAUUGACAAGAAGGCCAUGCACAAGGCGGGCAUGGUGCAGCGCGUCAUCAACGAGGUGGAGAUCCAGUGCCGCCUGAAGCACCCCUCCAUCCUGGAGCUCUAUAACUACUUUGAGGACAGUAACUACGUGUACCUGGUUCUGGAGAUGUGUCAUAACGGGGAGAUGAGCCGCUACCUCAAGGACCGCAACAAGCCCUUCUCCGAGGACGAAGCGCGGCACUUCAUGCAGCAGAUCGUGCGGGGGCUUCUGUACUUGCACACACACGGCAUCCUGCACCGCGACCUGACGCUGUCCAACCUGCUGCUGACCUCGUCCAUGAACGUGAAGAUCGGCGACUUCGGCCUGGCGGCUCAGCUGCGCAUGCCCGAGGAGAAGCACUUCACCAUGUGUGGCACGCCCAACUACAUCUCCCCCGAGGUGGCCACACGCAGCGCUCACGGGCUUGAGUCGGACGUCUGGUCGCUCGGCUGCAUGCUCUACGCCUUCCUGACCGGCCGCCCGCCCUUCGACACCGACACGGUCAAGCGCACGCUGAACCGUGUGGUGCUGGGGGACUACGCCAUGCCCACCCACGUCUCGCCCGAGGCGCAGGACCUGAUUGGCCAGCUGCUGCAGCGGAACCCGGCGCAGCGUCCGAGCCUGUCGGCCGUGCUGGACCACCCCUUCAUGACCCGGGGGGGCGCGGGGGGGCUGAGCCGGGAGCUGGGGGGGUCCAUGGACAGUGGCAUCGCGACGCUGUCCACCUCCUCACACACACACGCCACACACACCUCCUCACACACACACGCCACACACACCUCCGCACACACCGGCAGCCGCCUGCACCGUAAGGCCAGGCACCUGAUUGGACAGGCGCUGCCCAAUCGCAUGGCUCCUGCAGCCGGCCAGCCACGCCCCUCCACGGACAGGUCCAAUCAGGAGGGGCCGUGGCUGCAGCCGGCGGGUGGGCGGGCCUCCAGAUCUGACAGGCGAUUGGCCGGCCCAGAGGAUGACGGGCAGCCCCACUCGCGCUACCUGAGGCGGGCGCACUCCUCAGAGCGGCCCAAUCACAGAGCAGCCCACGGCUCGGAGGCGGGGCUGGAGAGGUGUCACUCAGACGAAAUGCUUCCUGUGUCGGGGAAGGGUGGCCUCACGCUGACAUCUGGUUACCAGGACGGUCAUCAUGGUUACAGUGACCGCCGGCGACAGCCUUCGCCUCCCGUUAAAGAGCCAGCCAGCUGCUCCAACUCAGGACACAGUCUGCACAGGAUGGACACGGACACACAGCACUGGUUCCCAGAGGGAGCCUUUAAGAAGUGUGUGGACAGCAGCUCCCACAGCAGCAGUGGUAGUUUCCAUGGAGCUUCCUGGCCUGCUCCACCCACACACUCACACACACUCCCAGAGCCCCACGUGACCCCCACAACCCCCCGCCGGACCCCCCCGCCCGACCCCCCCGCGCCACUCAAGAGCCGCAAGCUCCUCCCCCUUGCCACGGCACGCCUCAAACCCAUCAGGCAGAAGACCAAGAACGCCGUGGUGAGCAUCCUGGACUCUGGUGAAGUGUGUAUGGAGUUGCUGAAGGGUCUGAGCUCUCAAGAGCGUGUUAAAGAGGUGCUGCGGAUCUCCUGUGACGGAGCAAUGGUCACCAUCUACCAGCCUAAUGACGGACGCGGCUUUCCUGUCCUCGACCAGCCGCCCACACCCCCAGAAGACAUCCUGAUCUGCAGCCUGGAGGACCUCCCAGAGAAGUACUGGAAGAAGUACCAGUACGCCACUAAGUUUGUGCAGCUGGUGAAGUCCAAGACGCCCAAAGUGACACUGUACACCAGCUACGGCAAGUGCAUGCUGAUGGAGAACGCACCCAGCGCUGACUUGGAGGUGUGCUUCUACGAUGGCGCUAAGACCCACAGGACCGCGGAGCUGCAGCGUGUGGUGGAGAAGAGCGGCAAAUCGUACACGGUGAAGGGGGAGGCGGGGCUUAACGGCCUUAGCCCUGAAAGCCGACGCUACGUGGAACUGGCAGAGGAGGGUCACAGGAUGUGUCUUUCUCUGGAGGCAGCCAUCAGUGCAGAGGAGCAGCGCAGUGGGAAAAACACUCCAUUCUUCCCCAUCACCAUUGGCAGGAAACCCAACUCCUCCCAGCCGGCCCCUGCAGAAGUUGCUCAAGUGUGCGUGAGCCCGUCUCAGCCCCAUAUCACACCAUCUAUGAUCUCGUAUGGUGGGUCAGACCUGACAGCAGUGAGUGUGGGAAAGAGCGCCGCCCUGCAGACCAGCCUUGAGGGAUGCAACAGUGCAGGCAAAGUCCUCAAGUCUGUGUUCGUACCAAACAUCGGCUGGGCCUCACAGCUGACCAGUGGUGAGGUGUGGGUCCAGUUUAAUGAUGGAUCUCAGCUGGUGGUUCAGGCUGGAGUCUCCUGCAUCACAUUCACAUCACCAGAGGGACGAACCACCAGGUAUCAGGAGAAUGAGAAGCUGCCGGAGGUGGUGAAGGAGAAGCUUCAGUGUCUCUCAUCCAUCCUGGGCCUCCUUGCUGGCCCUGCGGCCCGACGCUAGAGACCAUCCCAUCAUCUCAUCUCCAUGGCAACGCUGUGGCCCGACGCUAAAGACCAUCCCAUCAUCUAAUCUCCAUGGCAACCCUGUGGCCCGAUGCUAGAGACCAUCCCAUCAUCUCAUCUCCAUGGCAACGCUGCUUCUCCGCCCUGGCCUCCGUCUGGCUGAGCGGCACUGGCGUUGGGGUUGGGGUGGCGUUGGUGUAUUCGGGACGGGUUCGACGUCGCCCUCAGCUGGUUGUGCGCUGGUGGUCCUGCUCCAUAACCCCGCCCUCUUUGGAUAAGCCCCGCCCCUCUCAGCACUUCCACUUCCUGGUGUCCUUCUCUAUGAAAUGUUUGUGUCCCUGUAAAUAUUUUAAAACACUUGUACAGAAAUGGUUGAGAUUAUGAAAAGAGUAUCUAUAUUUUUAAGCCUUUGUGUUGUACAGUCAUCCUCUCCUGUCGUAUAAUGUGGGAUUGUUUAUAUGUGUUGUACAGCCCUCCUGUCCUGUAUAAUGUGGGAUUGUUUAGUGGUGUGUGUAGCCAGCAGGGUUGGAAUGCAGAGAUGGAAGGCUGGAUGGGUGACCUGCAUUAAAGCUCUGCUUCUUGCAUCAUU